AUGUCGCCGGAUACCAGAAAUCCCACGCUGGUGCCCUCCAAAGACCAGCCUCCCCUUCCCUCUAACUUCAGCCCAGUCUUCCUCCGGAACCAGUUCUGGACCAAGAUCGAGCUUCCCACAAGACAAAAGUAUCCCGACGUGUCCGGAACAAGUGCAAUAAUCACAGGGUCAAACACGGGGCUGGGGUUUGAGGCGGCGCGUCAGCUCCUGUCCCUUGGUCUAUCCCAUCUGGUGAUGGGGGUUCGAUCUCUCACGACAGGCACGGCAGCGGCCACAAGGCUACAGACAGCAAAUCCGACGGCAAAGAUCAAUGUGUGGCAGCUAGACAUGGAAUCGUACGACUCCAUCCAGGCCUUCGCUGCCAAGUGCCAGGACAAUCUCUCACGGAUCGACAUGGUUAUUCUGAACGCCGGCAUAUCACCGUUGGAAUUCAAGACUCUCCCAGCCACCGGUCAUGAGAGGACCAUCCAGACCAAUCACAUCAGUACCGUGUUACUGGCCAUCCUAAUGCUUCCGAUCAUGAAAAGCAAGUCGAAAGAUCGAGGUCCAACUCCAAGUCCACCCGUACUUACGGUCGUCAAUUCCGUUACGGCACAUCUAUGCAAGUUUCCCAACAGAGGCAGGCGGCCCCUCUUGCCUUCUUUCGAUGACACAGCUAUCACCCCUUUCGAUGGUCAAGAGAGAUACAGUGUUUCCAAGUUGCUGUGCCAGCUCUUCAUCGUCAAGUUGGCGGAGCUGGUCGAUCCGAACGACGUCAUCAUCAACAUGGUCGACCCUGGCCUCACCAAAGGCACAUCUCUGUUCCGUGAACUCUCCGGAGCGGUCGCAAUCGUGGCGAAAGCCUUUUUCUCUCUCGCUGGAAGACCAGUGAGGAGGGGCGCGGCUACUUACGUCGACGCCGGCCUCGGACACGGCAAAGAAUCCCACGGCUGUUUUCUGAUGAAUUGCCAGAUUGCUCCACUUGCUUGCUGGUAUUACACCGAUGGAGAGAUUUUGUCAGACGUCAUCUGGAAAGAGACGCUUCAGGAACUCGACUUCGCUGGCGCGGAACAAAUCGUCUCCUCGAUGUCGUCUCUGAAAUGA